AAAGCUGGUCAGGUCAGGCUGACUAGGCUUUUUUCUGGAGUGUGAACAGCAAACACCCACCCAGCUGACGCGUCCCCUCACAGCUGUGGGAGCACCACACCCAGCCAAGCAAGGACACCCGGCCUCCUCCCAGCCUGUCCUCUCCAAGCCACCUUGCCGACGCCUGCCACGGUUCCCACUUCUCCAGGCUCCCAGCCUCUACAGCCAGGAUGUCCCAGGCCCCUGGGGACCCUGAUGAAACAGACGCACCAGCCUGAAGACUCAGCCCGCCAGCCCUAUGCGCUCGGCCCUCACUCUGCUCUCCGACCCCACGACCCCUCGGCUCCUUUGGGGUCAGACCUAGAGCAGAGGAUCCUGCAGGUGCUGAGGGAUGCUGGCUCCCCCACGAAGUCUGUCGAGUUAGCAAAGGAAUGCCAAGUGCCCAAGAAGAAACUCAACCAAGUCCUCUACCGGAUGAGGAAAGAGUCCAAAGUCUCCCUGGAAGGCCCAGCGACGUGGGGCCUGGGCCAGGGUGGGACCAGAGAAGUGGAGCCCGCAGAGCCGGUCUGGCCCAGCCAGGCAGAGCGGCUCCAGCAGGACGUGGCUGCAGUUCCAGAGGAACCUGGCCGUCAGCUCACUAAACAGCAGGAAGACAUCUACAGGAUUCUGAAAACCCAUGGGCCCUGUAAGGCCCUGACCAUCUCCCAGAAGCUGGGAAAGAAGACAGCGAAAGAAGUCAACCCAGACUUGUACGCCAUGAGGAGGAAGCACCUUCUGGACUUGGAUGAGAAGUCAAGUACAUGGGCAAUUUAUCGGCCAGACUUGGGAGGAAGGAAUCCGGCCCCUGCAAUAAUUUACCAGAAAAAUCCAAUCAACAUGAUCUGUCAGAAUGGACCCAAUAACCACAUUUCCAUUGGCAACUCUGAAAGCAUCCAGAUUGGACAUGGGAAUGUCAUCGUGAGACCGACGGCUUCUGGGGAGAACGGCUCCAUGGCUCCCCUCCACCUCCCCCCAGUGGCACCAGCUGACCCCUCAUCUCAGACCUCUCCGGCUGCAGCCUGGGGACCCCAGGACAUCCGCUUGGAGAAGUCUGUGCUCAGACGGGUACAGAUGGGACACGGCAACAAGAUGAACCUCAAUGGUGCCCCGGCCAAAGGCUCUGCAGCCUGCAGCCCCCCAAUCAGCCCCCCAGUCUCUACCACCACGGAUGACCCAGAAGCUUUGUUUGAAAUUCGAAUGCCCAAACCUGGACCUUCUGCUGAGGAGGAGGUGGCCCAGAGAGUCCGUAUCAGUUCAUGCUUCCUUGAGGACACCGCCAUCGGCAACAGCAACAGAAUGACUGUCAGCUCAGAGACAGCUGGUCCAGAAGGAGUUGUAAGGCCUGAGGACAGCAGGAGGGACCCAGGGGAGCUAGGCAAGGAUGCAGGUGCAGAGCCUAGAAGCCAGUUCCCUCAUGACCGUGACCAGGCUCCCCCUGGCAACAGCGACGUCUUGACCUUCAUCUCCCACCUUGAAGCUGUGACUCUUGAAAGCGGGGAUCCCCAAACUACAGAAGACAGCAGCCAGGUGGACAGAACCCCAGACAUGGACUCCCAGGGGCAGGUGGAGACCAGAACAAACAGCCAGACUCUCUCAGGAAGAGCAGGGAGACACCAGUGAACCCUUGGUCCUGUGCCUUCUGAGUUUCAUAAACGCUCUUGUCCACCUUCUUGCCUCCUGACAUGUGGCUAGUGAGAGUCAGCACUUGGGCUGGGCCUGGCCUGGGGCUGGGCAAAGGCGCAUCUGUCCACUGCCUCCCUGGCCCCCUUCCAUCACAGCUGUCCAUUCUUCCCUCACUCAAGACCUGACGUCCUCAAGGCCCAUUAUGGCUGCCUGAUCUCUUUCCCAUCUGACCUUUCUAGAACCUUCCUACCUCCACUUUGAUCUCUCAGGAUUUCUUAGCUGAACUUCCAGAGAACAAAUCCCUCCGCUCGAGGCCCCAGUGGAAAUCGCUGGCUAGCCUGUGGGUCAGGUGACCUCUGCUGGCCAACUGUUAGGGACUGUUUGUCACACACCAACAUGGAGCUUAUGGGUGGGCUGAGUUCCCUUGGAAGGCUUGUGGCCACAGUGGCAUUUUUAGAACAAAGAAGCAGGGUGGCAUCUGGGGGACACUUGGGAAGGAAGAUAGAGAAGGAUAGAGGGAGGUGGUGGUCAGCCAGGCAGGACCACUGUGGAAGGGGACUUACAUCUCCACUCGUUACGUCCACAUCACACACAGCUACGUGUCCACCACCCUUCCCAAUGCCACACCUGUACUUCACUCUCUUCUGUGUUUCCUCCUCUGGACCAUGGAUUUCCAACGCCCAGGAGCCAUGUCCCUUGGUGGAGGGAAGGGCUGGCUCAUCACAGAGCCUCAGUAAAGAAUGUCAUUGAACAACCCUUUUUCUCUUUUCAAUGUGACUGGGAGGGUAUUGAGAUCCUUGACACACUGAUCAGUGGCUGGGCCAACACACAGCAUUUAUGGUAUGUCCCUUAAAGAGGAGUCCUAAGGCAUUGUUGGAGCCCUGGAUCCAGUGAUUCCUGAAGCAGGCUCUAUCUUUGCACUUGUCCAUUAGAUGAGCUGAUGUGUCUGUCCCCUUAGUGUGGAAGUCAGCUCCAGUUGAUUUCCCUUUUCUAGCGUGGCCUGUCCCUCUCACCUCUGCCACCCCCUUUCCUUAGCUUGAUGCUACUCAGCCAGCAGGUUUCCGCUGACCUAUGACUUCAUCCAGGACAGCUUCCCAGGCUCUCCUUCCAGCCUGUCUCUUCUCCUCUUCUGAGGCUCCUGUGUUCCCCCGAUAAACCCAUGUCUUCCUGCCCUGCCAUU